GCAACAUUUGUAAUCUUGACGUUGGUCAGCAUAGAUAGGCCAGUAUGUUCCUGCAUAGCAAUUGGUAUCACGAUUCACGACCCAAUUCAUGAUUGAGUAUAAGUAGGUGACCUUCUGAACUUAUUCUCGUUUUGUUUUGAUUCAAGUCGGCAUCGAGUCAGCUUUUUACACACAUCUGCAUACAUUCAGCUCCUUUAUAUUCUUUAACCGGGACGAAAAUCACCAAUCCAUCAUCCCCUCCACACCAAAAACCCAUCUUAGCUACCUACCGAGAUCAACAUCAACAUCAUGUCACCGACUACCGUUCUCAUCACUGGUGCCAACCGCGGACUUGGCAAGGGACUCGCAGAGCGCUACCUCUCCCUGCCCAACCAUAUCGUCAUCGCCGCUGUACGAGACCCAUCUCACACCACCUCCCAAGCCCUGUCCUCCAUCCCCAAGGGAGAUGACACCAAACUGGUAGUCGUCAAGUACGAUGCCGCCAUCGAGCAAGACGCCUACGAUGCCGUGGAGAACUUGCAAAAGUCCCACGGCAUCGACAAGCUCGACGUGGUGGUCGCCAACGCCGCCAUCGCAAGGGCGUUUGUGGCCGUCAAGGACGCCAAGCGGGCCGACGUCCAGGAACACAUCAACGUCAACGUCCUGGGUGUCCUGUCGCUGUUCCAAGCCACCAGAGCGCUGCUGGAAAAGGCCGCAGCCGCUUCUUCCUCUCCCGACGUCAAGCCCAUCUUUGCCAUCAUCGGCACCGUCGCCGGCAGCCUGGCCGAUCAGCCUCAGGUCCCCAACGCGGUUUACGGAGCUUCCAAGUCCAUGGUUCACUGGUACGGCGUUCGUCUCCACGAGGAGGAGCAGUGGCUCAGCACCUUGGUCAUCCACCCCGGAUGGGUGCAGACCGAAAUGGGCAAUUUUGGUGCCAAGGCCUUGGGGCAGACCGAGGCUCCCGUCAAGAUCGAGGACUCGGUAAAUGGCAUGUUCUCCAUCCUGACGGAUGCCGACACUAAAACCAAGUACGGCGGCAAGUUGGUUGUGUAUGAUAAGUCAUUCCUUGCUUGGUAGAGGGUUCUGGAAUUUUAUGCAGGCUGUGGUUGUAGGAUGCACAUGUUCUUUAUGUGGCGUUGAGUUUCGAGGGGCUUAAUUGUUUGAAUUGGAGUUGGCCAGUUAGGAGUUCUCUUUAGAUGGGUAUUUUAAACUAUUUUGCAAUCAUCCUACUUGUGAGCUUUGCUUGACUGCCAAAAAAUGAGAGUAUCUAGGCGAGUAGAAUAUCAAUAUCAACAAGACUAAAAUCUG